AUGAAUAGUUCCAUAAGUGAAAAUAUAAAUCUGAAUAACUGUUUACUUCGGUUGCUAUUGGUUACUGGUGAUCAUAAUAAUAAUAAUAAUAAUAAUAAUAAUAAUAAUAAUAAUAAUAAUAAUAAUAAUAAUAAUAACAGAAUGACUUGUUCAAUCUUAAACCUCAAAAUCAUAAUUGUUAUCUCUUCUUCCAUAGUAAAUUAG